UUUUCAGAGUGCGAAGAGGCAAGUGAGGAAGCUUGUGGAUGAUGCGUCGAGAUUCUUGGACACGAAAGUGACCAAGGCUGUUGUCACGGUGCCUGAUUUCUUCAACGACUCACAGAGGACAGCUACUAAAGAUGCUGGGCGUAUUGCUGGGUUGGGUUUUCUUCGUAUUAUCACAGAGGACAAUUGCAACUGGAGGAGGAGGUGGAGACAUUGGGAAGAUAGUUAAUUUCGGUGGUGGCGAUGGAGGUGAUGAAGAUGGUGAUGAUGAUGAUUACUUUGAUGAAUUUGAUGAUGACGAUGAUGGUGAUGAAGGUGGACUCUUUAGGCGUAGGAUGUUUCUUGCAGAGGUCAAGAAGAAUAAUUACCGUGGUGCAGACGUUUUCAUUCCUGCAUUCUCUCUUAUUGGCAAAGCUAGCUACGAGAACAUAGCCAAAAAGGCUAUUGAGAGAGAAAGAAGAAGAAGAGCUGGUAUGGGAGUAGACGAUGGUCUGCAGACUGAUACUCCAACUCAGCGACAAGUUCUUGAAGAUCGCUCCCAAGAGCUAGAAUAUGAGAGAAACAUUAUGUAUUCAUCCAUAAACUUGUUUGCUUUAUGUUCGUGUUCUCAAGCUUUUACAAACUUGUUUUUACAGAUUAUGGAUUCAAUGUGUUCUUUUGAUACAAACUUCACCCGAAUCAAAAAAAUUAUGAAACUUUUACUUUUUUUUUCUUAGUUCAUUGUUUAGUCAUUGUUCUUACAAUUUUUAUUGUCUUGUUACAAAUGUGGUUACAUUGAA